AUGAAGUUCUCUGUUAGCUGGUCCCUGUUGCUGCUAUGCCUCGCUAAAUGGGCGCAUGCUGCCACUGUUCGCUUCCCGGUUAUGUUGACGUGGGCAAACCGGACUGUCGCUGGCCACACCAGGAAUGUUAUUUUGAUGAAUGGCCAGUUCCCUGGUCCUGAAUUGCGGUUGAAUCAGGGCGACAAUGUCGAGUUUCUCGUGACAAAUCGUUGUCCUUUUUCGACGACGGUGCACUUUCAUGGCAUUGAACAGAUUGGAACGCCCUGGUCGGAUGGUGUUCCUGGUAUCUCUCAGAGAUCCAUUGAGACAGGACGCUCAUUCAUGUAUCGGUGGCGGGCAAAUCAAUAUGGAUCUUACUUCUAUCAUGCCCAUCACCGCGGCCAGUUCGAGGACGGCCUUUAUGGAUCAAUCUAUAUUGCCCCCUCCAGUUCUGAGCAGAGACCUUUUUCUCAGAUCACAAACGACAGCUCUCAGCUCCAGGCCAUUUUGAACGCUGAGCGCAGAACGAGCUCGGUGGUUCUUUCGGAUUGGCGCAAACUCACCUCUGAGCAAAUCUGGGCCGCAGAAGUAGCUACGGGACUCGACGGGCACUGUGCCAGUGCUCUCUUGAUUAAUGGAAAAGGCUCGGUGACUUGCUUGCCAAGGGACCAACUUGACGCUUUGACGAUCGACCGGCAGAAACAGAUUCUCGGCAACGAGUCUCUGACUGAUAUAGGAUGCUUUCCUCCCAACCUCCCUUCAAUUCAGGGCAACUUCCCGCACAACUUCAGCGCAAUCCCGCCCACCCUGUAUUUUGGCUGCACGGCGUCUCGUGGCCCCCAGGAGCUUUUUACCGUCAACCCAACGCAGCAAUACGUGAGCUAUGACCUGAUCAGCGCUUCAGGCUUGCUGAGCCUUACUUUCUCAAUCGACGAACAUGACAUGUGGGUGUACGCCAUCGACGGACGGUACAUCAACCCGAGCCGCGUCAACGCGCUCACCAUCACCAAUUCGAACCGGUAUUCAGUACUAGUGCCUCUCAACAAACCAGCAGGCGACUACACCGUGCGACUAGUCAGCGCUAACCUCAACCAAAUCCUCAACACCACAGCAAUUAUGCGGUACCAAGCACCACCCCAACUAAACCGGCCUUCGAACCCAUGGAUCGAAAUCAACAACCAAAACGCCACCGCAGAAACAGUCUUCCUCAACGAGACACAAGUCAUUCCUUUCCCCGUCGUCGUGCCCUCCGCCACCGUCGACGAAACCUACAUCCUGCGCAUCGGCCACUACAACGCGUCGUACCGCUGGACACUCGGCAACAGCAGCUUCGGGCUUGAACUCGAAGACUCGCAGCCCUUGCUAUUCAACCAGUCCUCCAUCCCGGGUGACCUCAUGAUCCGCACCCGCAACAAUACCUGGAUCGACCUGAUCCUGCAGGUCACCGCGCCCGUGCAGCCGCCUCACCCGAUCCACAAGCACUCCAACAAGCACUUCGUUAUCGGCGAGGGCAACGGCACGUUCUCCUGGGCUACUGUCGCCGAAGCCAUGCAGGCGAUCCCCGGGUCGUUCAAUCUUCAAAAUCCGCAGUAUCGCGAUACCUAUAUCACCCCGCCCUCUAUCAAUGGCCCCACUUGGCUUGCGCUGCGCUACCAUGUUAUUAAUCCUGGUGCGUUUGUGAUGCACUGCCAUAUUCAGAAUCAUCAGAGUGGCGGGAUGAAUUUGGCUAUGCUGGAUGGUGUGGAUGUUUGGCCCACUGUUCCGCCGAGUUAUCGGUAUGGCUCGGGUUUCUACUGA